UUUUGAUAUUUACGUUUUUAUCCCUGUUUGUUACUUAUCGCUGUCUUGAAGUUCAUUGCAGCGAGCGUCUUCUUCCGACUCCACUCCGAGGUUUGUUAAGCUGAAGACUAAGAGCGGUUUUGAACUCGCACGCGAGAUUAUUCAUAGUAAACAUUAAUAUUUAGAAAUGCUUGUAGCUCGAAGCCUCUCCCCUUCAAAGCUUAAACCACUCUUUUAUCUAUCGAUCCUUUGUGAAUGCCAAAAUCAUUUCCACUCAAGCUUAAUACCAUACUCAAAACCUCAUCUCCAAAACUUCCCAAAAUUUUAUCCUCAGCCAUCAACUAAUCUGUUUAGAUUUUUCUCUUCACAGCCUGCAGAUUCAACUGAGAAACAGAAUUUGCCCCUCUCUCGUGAAGGUAAUUACGAUGAAGUCAAUUCCCAAUCUCUUCAUGUUUGCCCUGGCUGUGGGGUUUAUAUGCAAGAUUCCAACCCUAAGCACCCUGGUUAUUUUAUCAAACCCUCUGAGAAGGACUUGAGUUAUAGAUUGUAUAACAAUCUUGAACCCGUUGCUCAAGAGCCUGAGUUCUCUAACACUGUUAAAAGGGGAAUUGUUAUUGAACCAGAAAAGCUUGAUGAUGAUGAUGCAAACUUGAUUAGGAAACCAGAGAAGCCAGUGGUGUGUGCGCGCUGUCAUUCGUUGAGGCACUAUGGGAAGGUGAAGGAUCCUACCGUGGAAAACUUGCUACCUGAUUUUGACUUUGAUCACACGGUGGGUAGGAAGUUAGCAUCAGCUAGUGGGACCCGGUCUGUGGUGCUGAUGGUUGUGGAUGUAGUGGAUUUUGAUGGGUCUUUUCCAAGGAAGGUUGCAAAGUUGGUUUCUAAGACAAUUGAGGAUCAUUCUGCUGCAUGGAAGCAGGGUAAGUCAGGGAAUGUGCCUAGAGUGGUGCUUGUGGUGACGAAGAUUGACUUGUUGCCUAGUUCAUUGUCACCAACAAGGUUGGAGCAUUGGAUUAGGCAGAGAGCAAGAGAGGGUGGAAUUAAUAAGGUUUCUAGUUUGCACAUGGUGAGUGCAUUGAGGGAUUGGGGGCUGAAGAAUCUUGUGGAUAAUAUAGUUGAUUUGGCUGGACCUAGAGGGAAUGUGUGGGCUGUUGGAGCACAGAAUGCAGGAAAGAGUACUUUGAUAAACUCUAUAGGGAAAUAUGCUGGAGGGAAGAUUACACAUCUGACUGAAGCACCUGUGCCAGGGACUACACUAGGCAUUGUUAGAGUGGAGGGUGUUUUUUCAAGUCAAGCAAAACUGUUUGAUACACCCGGCCUUCUUCAUCCUUACCAGAUUACAACGAGGUUGAUGAGGGAAGAGCAAAAGCUUGUUCAUGUGGGCAAGGAAUUGAAACCUAGGACUUACAGAAUUAAGGCUGGUCAUUCAAUUCACAUAGCUGGUCUAGUGAGAUUAGAUAUUGAAGAAACUCCCUUGGAUUCUAUUUACGUCACAGUGUGGGCAUCUCCUUAUCUUCCACUACAUAUGGGUAAAAUAGAAAAUGCAUGUAAAAUGUUCCAAGAUCAUUUUGGGUGCCAGUUACAGCCACCAAUUGGAGAAAAACGAGUACAAGAACUGGGGAAUUGGGUGAGAAGGGAAUUCCAUGUCAGUGGGAACAGUUGGGAGUCAAGUUCAGUAGACAUUGCUGUUGCUGGCCUCGGUUGGUUUGCCUUUGGACUUAAAGGAGAUGCAGUGUUAGGAGUUUGGACUUAUGAAGGAGUUGAUGCUGUUCUUCGCAAUGCUUUAAUACCCUAUAGAUCAAAUACUUUUGAAAUUGCAGGGUUUACUGUGUCCAAGAUUGUAUCCCAGUCUGACCAAGCUUUAAACAAGUCAAAGCAACGAAAUGACAAAAAGGCAAAGGGAAUUGACUCAAAAGCGCCAACCAGUUUUGUAGAAUCACCACUUUUGACUUCUGGUGGAGACAUCUAAUAUUGGUGUCAAUUUAUGAGAAAGAAACAAUUUACUUUUCUAUACAAUACAAGAGAGGAUUCAAGAAUCUAAACAUACAAUGUGAAGUUUAUCAUUAUCUUAAGUUCAAGCAAGGGGAGGGCUGAGACUGGGAGGUGAUGUACAAUGAUGAGGAAGGAGGAUCAAAUGUGGCAUAAGAUUGCUUGCCAUGAAGUGUAUUCCUUUUUUUUUAUCCUUUGAAUUUAAUAGUUUUAUGUUGCGUUUCCUGCUCUGUAUUAUUCCAUAUUAGAAUUGGUUCAAUGUUUUGGUCUUUCCGGGUUACUUUAACGAGCCAAAAAAGUUUGUAAUUCAAAUCGGUCUUGCCCGAGAAUUCUAAUUUUAUUUUUAUUUUUUGAAA